GUCCCGCAACCAGGGUCCGCCCGCCUCACCUCCGAGGCUCCGCGCGCGCCGGCAUCGAGUACUCUCCGCCCGCCCAUGCGCGGCGACGUUCCAGCAACAUGGUGCUCUCCUUUAUCCUGAUCCAGAACCGCCAGGGCAAGACUCGGCUGGCGAAGUGGUAUGCGCCGUAUAGCGACGAGGAGAAGGUGAAGCUGAAGGGCGAGGUGCACCGGCUGAUCGCGCCGCGCGACCAGAAGCACCAGUCCAACUUUGUCGAGUUCCGCAACAUGUCCAAGGUCGUGUACCGGCGGUACGCGGGGCUGUUCUUCUGCGCGUGCGUCGACACAAACGACAACGAGCUGGCGUAUCUGGAGGCGAUCCACUUCUUCGUCGAGGUGCUGGAUGCGUUCUUUGGGAACGUGUGUGAGCUGGAUCUGGUGUUUAAUUUCUACAAGGUGUAUGCGAUUCUGGAUGAGGUGUUUUUGGCGGGCGAGAUCGAGGAGACGAACAAGCAGGUUGUGUUGACGCGGUUGGCACACUUGGAUAAGCUGGAGUAGAGGGUAUGCAGAGCUGGGUGGAGCUCUGUGGAAGCAUUGCGGUCACGGUCGACUGGCAGACAGCUCGAGCAUGGCAGACGAUGGAGAUCUGCUUCAGAGACAUGGGGAAUUGCUGUUUCACAGCGUGAAACAUAGCCAUGGAAGGUGAGAAGACUACACACAUGGACAGCGAGCGAGUUCAAAACUUUACCGGCAGUUUUUGCUGCGAGAUGAAAUCAAACAGUCGAACCAAAUC